AUGCUCAUCAGACAGCAGUGUGGCCGAGGCGGGCCCCGGGGCUUUAGCUGUGGCUCAGCCGUCGUAGGUGGAGGCAAGAAGUCUGCUUUCAGCUCGACCUCCAUGUCUGGGGGCACAGGCUGCUUCUCCUCCGGGGGCUUCAGCAGCAGAAGCCUCUGCAACCUCGGGGGAAACAAGAGCAUCUCCAUCGGCACGGCUGGGUGCUGGCGAGGCACUGGGUUUGGGGCUGCUGGAGGUUUUGGGGCUGGCGGCUUUGGCCCUGGAUUCGGGGGCUCCUCUGGUGGAUGGGGUGGUGCUGGCUUCCCCGUCUGCCCUCCUGGAGGGAUUCAGGAGGUCACCAUCAAUCAGAGCCUGCUGACGCCACUCCACAUGGAGAUUGACCCUGAGAUCCAGAAGGUCCGGACCGAGGAGCGGGAGCAGAUCAAGACCCUCAACGACAGGUUCGUCUCCUUCAUUGACAAGGUGCGGUUCUUAGAGCAGCAGAACAAGGUUCUAGAGACCAAGUGGAACCUCCUUCAGCAGCAGACGACAACCACAUCCAGCAAAAACCUUGAUCCCUUCUUUGAGGCCUACCUCAGUGCCCUGAGGAAGCAGUUGGAUAACUUGACCAACAACAAAGGACGCCUGCAGUGUGAGCUGAAGAUCAUGCAGGACAGCGUGGAGGACUUCAAGGCCAAGUAUGAAGAUGAGAUCAACAAACGCACAGCUGCUGAAAAUGACUUUGUGGUCUUAAAGAAGGACGUGGACGCCACUUACAUGAGCGAGACGGAGUUGGAGGCCAAGGUCGAUGCCCGUAAUGAUGAGAUCAACUUCCUGCGGGUCCUCUACGCUGCGGAGCUGUCCCAGAUGCAGACCCACGUCAGCGACACGUCUGUCAUCCUGUCCAUGGACAACACCCGCGACCUGAACCUGGACGGCAUCAUCGCCGAGGUCCGCGCCCAGUACGAGGAGAUUGCCCAGAGGAGCAAGGCCGAGGCCGAGGCGCUGUACCAGACCAAGGUCCAGCAGCUCCAGGUCUCAGUCGAACAACAUGGUGACAGCCUGAGGAACACCAAGAAUGAGAUUUCAGAGCUUAACAGGACGAUCCAGAGGCUGCGGGCUGAGAUCGAGAAUGUCAAGAAGCAAUACCAGACUCUGCAGACAUCCGUGGCUGAUGCAGAGCAGCGUGGCGAGGUGGCCCUGAAAGAUGCCUACAGCAAGCGCACAGAGCUGGAGGUCGCCCUGCAGAAGGCCAAGGAGGAGCUGGCCCGGAUGCUGCACGAGUACCAGGAGCUCAUGAGCGUGAAGCUGGCCUUGGACGUGGAGAUCGCCACCUACCGCAAGCUGCUGGAGGGCGAGGAGUGCCGAAUGUCUGGAGAAUGCCAGAGUGCCGUGAGCAUCUCUGUAGUUGGUGGUGCUGCCAGCGCAGGAGGUGUUGGUGGAGGGUUAGGAAGCUGCUCCGGAUUUGGCCUGGGUUCUGGCUCCGGAAGUGGUUUUGGGUUUGGUGGUAGUGUUGGUGUCGGCGGCAGUUCCAGCAGCAAGAUCACCUCUACCACCACCCUGACCAAGAGAUCCCACCGAUAG